ACACCUCAAGUUUUGAGACAGUGUGUCACAUCCAGUCUUCAGCACCUGUACUCUCUUGCUUCAAAUACAUGCUAUUGUAAGACAUGCUGUUUACCAUCACUUUGCUGAAAUGUGAAACCUGUUCCAUGAAAAAGAUGUCUGGAUGCUCUGAAACCUGUAAUCUUUUUUGUUUUUUUUUUUUGGUCCCAAUAAUUUAUUACAAUUUGACAUUAGGAUUACUGGAGUACAUGAGAUCUCAGUUAUUAAUGAAAACAUCAAUUUCACAACUUAUCACACCAUUUUACAACUGCUCAUUGAGGCGAAUAGGUAGAAAAAUAUUGGGUGAACAAGGGUGAACGAACGGACACAAGCGCAGGACUCUGUACGAUCUUUAUGUAACAAGAAAGUUUAUUUACACAACACCAAAAGAAGUCACUUGGAUGCGUGACGAAACGUUUCUUCCAAUGAAAACGCACAGAACACCAAGUGCAGUAAAAAGUGAUAUUUUUAAUAAAAAUAAAUGUUUUUAAAUGGACGCUGUAUGAUAAAAAAGUAUUUAUAUACUAUAAAAUUAAAACAAAAACACAUUUUAAAGUGGCACAUGGCAACAGGUUUCUAUGUAACAAAAUUAUGUUAUGAUUCUAUGGUUGCUAUCGGUACCAUAUAAAGUAAAUAAAUAUAUGAAACAUAACAUGGAAAGUUCUUCACUAUUUCAAUCCUGAGCUUGGAGAGAAACUGACUAUCACGGCGGUUGUAAAGCAAGGAUUUACCAACAAGCAGAGAUUUAUUGGAUUGCAAAACCACUGACCAUCGACUGACAGCAUGGGAAAAGCAAAGAUGAAGACAAAGUGGCUACAGGACAGCAGCCCUGAAUCCCUCCAACACCUUCCAGAAAAAACGCCCUCCACCUCUGGCUUCCAGCAUAGACGACCGAAGGCUGCCAAUCAAGAGAUAAACACUGGACAGCCAGUGAGGAGCUCAAGCCCCCAGCCCUCCACCUCUGGUUUACACUUGAACCGUGACUGGAGAACGAGGAGAUCCAGGCCUCAGGCCUCCACCUCUGGUUUCAAGCGUGGGAGAGAGGAGGCUGACCAGGAAGAGGUACACCCUGGUCGGCGAGUGAGGAGAUCCAGCCCUCGGCCCUCCACCUCUGGCUUCCAGCGUGGACGACAGGUGGGUUCCCAUCAGGAGGUGAAUAGAAAGUAUAAUGUAUGCUCACAGAGAAACAAGCCAAGCUCAUGUGGUGCCAUCCCCAGUCUUCUACCUCUUUUUUUCAACCGUGGAAGAGAGGAGGCUGAACAGGAAGAGCAGGAACACCAAAGAUUCCGGAGCGGGUACUACAGAGUCCAGACUGACACCGAUGGGUCCCGUCCCACCAUGCGCUUCCCUUAUUGGUUUCUACCAAACACUGUUAAUGAUGUACUGGGUAUGGUCUCGGGGUGGUGGAACAGCUCUUCAUAUACACCACAGAUGGAGUAUUUCUCACUCACUCAAGGGCAGUCUCCAUUAGAGAUUCUUUAAGUGGCAAAUCCAUCGGCCACACAUUUCUUUACACAUUUCUUUUCCUUCCUACCUACAUAGUUACAGCUAAGUUUAAGAUAUAGAUUAGUAAUGAUAAGUUAUAUAGAAAACUAAUAGUACGUUUAGAAUAUCUCUCCAUCUCUUUAUUUUAACUUUGUUUUUUAAAUCUUCAAGUGUUUAAGAUACAGUAGUGAUAAGUUUAGAUUUAGAUGUUUAAUGAUAAGUGACCCUUUUCCAAUUUCUUUAUUUGAAUGUUUGAAUGUUCAAUUAAAACUGCGUUUGUCUUGUUAUGACUCAAAGAUAGCAAUUCUGUCAUAAUCCUUCAUUUAUAAUACAUUUUUGACUUUUCAUGUUAUGACAUAAAACAAACAAAAUAAAAACCAACUAAACUAAUGGACCAGUUUUAGAUUUUUAUUGAUUUGAUGGGAUGUUUCCAAAGGGUCGGGCUUAUCUAUCUUUUAAUAUUUUGUUUUAUGUUUUCAUUUGUUUUAUGUUUCUUAGGGUUAUAAAAACUUGCUAGUAAAUUCAGUAAAGGCUGUAUUAACAUUAUCUGCAUUAAACUAAUUCAUUGUUUGGA